CUUCAUUCCCACAACAUUCAUACAUUCACAAAUCACAGAAAGAAGAAAAAAACCCAAAAGAGGAGAGAGAAAAUGUCAGGAAGAGGAAAGGGAGGUAAGGGUUUAGGAAAGGGUGGCGCAAAGAGGCACAGAAAGGUGUUGAGAGACAACAUCCAGGGCAUCACUAAGCCUGCUAUUCGUCGUUUGGCUCGAAGAGGUGGAGUGAAGAGGAUUAGUGGUUUGAUUUAUGAGGAAACUCGUGGUGUUUUGAAGAUCUUUUUGGAAAAUGUUAUUCGUGAUGCUGUCACUUACACUGAGCAUGCUCGCCGUAAAACUGUAACUGCCAUGGAUGUUGUCUAUGCUCUUAAGAGGCAAGGUCGUACUCUUUACGGUUUCGGUGGUUCCCCUCCAAAACCAAAUCUCAAAAUUUCAACAAUCUAUCCACUAUAUAACCACCCACCUCUUCUUUCUUCAUUCCCACAACAAUCUCACAUUCACAACACAACCCAAAACAAUUCAAACACAAAAAAUCACAGAAAGAAAAAAACUCAAAAGAGGAGAGAGAAAAUGUCAGGAAGAGGAAAGGGAGGUAAGGGUUUGGGAAAGGGUGGCGCAAAGAGGCACAGAAAGGUGUUGAGAGACAACAUCCAGGGUAUCACUAAGCCUGCUAUUCGUAGAUUGGCUAGAAGAGGUGGAGUGAAGAGGAUUAGUGGUCUGAUUUAUGAGGAAACUCGUGGUGUUUUGAAGAUCUUUUUGGAAAAUGUUAUUCGUGAUGCUGUCACUUACACUGAGCAUGCUCGCCGUAAAACUGUUACUGCCAUGGAUGUUGUCUAUGCUCUUAAGAGGCAAGGUCGUACUCUUUACGGUUUCGGUGGUUAGAUUUCGUUUUACUAGGGUUUGUUGUUAAUUAGGUUUUGUUUUAAUGGUAUAAUAUCAGUUGAUUAGGGGAAUCAAAUGAGGUUUGAAUCUCUGUAUUUGUAAUUGGUAAAUCAGCUGUUAUAUGAAAUAUUUUGAUCACUUUUGAUUGUGAUA